AACAACCUUCGUACACGACGUCCAUUUGACAAUGAAUGGAUGUAAAAUAUUUUAUUUUUAUUAUUCGUUAAAAUCACUCGUAUCCCUAAAUUUAGUGUCAUACUUAGUCAAUAGUCACAGCCAAUAAAUAUUAUGAAAAAUUGUGCUUUAAAAGCUCUUUUUGGCAUGUGUCGGUCACGUGACUUUUCUUAACGGCAGAGGCAGAAACAAGAGGAUUCAAAAUGGACAUGCGUUGCUUAGGCCCGUUUACUUGUUAAAUAUCCCUGAUUUAAGUGUCAAGUUCUCAUAAUGGUGGAGUAACACUUCUAUUAAGCGAUGGAGUGUGAUAUUUUGGACUCGUUGGAGCAGCUCGGCUAUGAGGGUCCGGUAAAGGGGGAAGCGGAUCUACUCCAAGCAGCAAAAGGUGGCCUGACCUCGGCUGAGUAUGUGGACUUGUGCCGGUGGUUGGUGUCCCGCUUAAAGUCGCUGUGUGACCUGGAGGGAAGCAUCACUUCAGGUUCGGAUGACGUGACGAGCAUGAGGGGCUUGCUGAAGGAGCUUUGCUGUCCUUAUGACAUAGUCAAGGAGAACACUGAAGAUCAUCUUAAAAUUCUGUUGUUUUUAAGCUCUGAGCUUCAGGCAGCGCAGAUCGCCAGCAGCAGAGGAAAUUGCCUUCAAGGUCAAAACGAGAGUUUGGCGUCUCGGGAGCUGAGAAAAAUCUGCGAGACUUUAACUGUGUCACCGUUGGAGGGAAAUAAUGUUGCAGAGGUCCUGUCUUUAAUCCAAGACAAGGUGGAUACACUUCUUAAAAAGUGCCCUAAUGGCGCAGUGGGAAAACCUGCGUUAAAACAAUCCCUCAGCAGUGAACAGUGGGAGAAGCUGCACCACAUGAACACAGUGCUGUCGUCGGAGUACGAGUGCCGACGCAGGAUGUUGAUCAAACGUCUGGACGUCACCAUUCAGUCUUUCGGGUGGUCCGACAGAGCCAAGGUCAAGGUGGACAGCAUGGCGAGGGCCUACCAGCCUAAGAGGCACAAUCUGCGGGCGGAGUCAACGGUGGACGCCACCACGCUGCUGGCAGCCAGAGAGGACGUCUGCAACAUUGUCAAGACCAGCAGCGGCGUUAACCGAGAGAAGACGGCGUGCGCGGUCAAUAAGAUUCAAAUGGGAAGAGUUCCAGACCGAGGAGGACGUCCUUCAGAGAUACAAGCCCCGGCUCCAGAGAUGCCCCUUUGGAAGGCAAGGCAAGAUGGAGGGGGUGAUUGGGGAAGAAGGGGUGGCUGGGGAGGAGGAAGAGGAGGAGGAGGAAAAUGGCAAGGAGGCAGACAAAACCAGGAGGGACACGGCGGAAAGAGAAGACGGUACCAGUAUUGAUUGUUUUGCAGCUUUUUUUUCCAGUUUUUUUUUUUUUAAAUGGACUGAAAAAAACAUUCAAGUGAGUCUACAGAUCCCACAAACCAGAUCUGUUGAUUAGAAUUUUACCUCCACAGUUUUAAAGGCCUACUGAAAUGAGAUUUUCUUAUUUAAACGGGGAUAGCAGGUCCAUUCUAUGUGUCAUACUUGAUCGUUUUGCGAUAUUGCCAUAUUUUUGCUGAAAUUAUUUAGUAGAGAACAUUGACGAUAAAGUUCGCAACUUUUGGUUGCGAAUAAAAAAGCCUUGCCUUUAUCCGAAGUAGCAGACGAUGACGUCACAAGAGUGAUGGCUCCUCACGUCCUCACAUUGUUUAUAAUGGGAGCCUCCAACAAAAAGAGCUAUUCGGACCAAGAAAACGCCAAUUUUCCCAUUAAUUUGAGCAGGGAUGAAAGAUUCGUGGAUGAUGAUAUUGAUAGUGAAAGACUAGAAAAAAAAUAACAAUAAAAAAAUUAAAAAAGCGAUUGCAUUGGGACGGAUUCAGAUGUUUUUUGACACAUUUACUAGGAUAAAUCUGGGAAAUCCCUUAUCUUUCUAUUGUGUUGCUAGUGUUUUAGUGAGAUUAAAUAGUACCUGAUAGUCGGAGGGGUGUGUCCACGGGUGUCUUGACGCCAGUCUCUGAGGGAAGUGGACGGCGCAAGGUCAGCUGAUCUCCGGUAAGAGGCGACUUUUUAACACAAUUUUCUCACCGAAACCUGCCGGUUGACAAGCGAUCAGGAUCCAUGUUCGCUUGACCACUCUGAUCCAUAGUAAAGCUUUACCUCCGAGAAGUUUAAACAAGGAAUCACCGUGUGUUUGUGUGGCUAAAGGCUAAAGCUUCCCAACUCCAUCUUUCUACUUUGAGUCCUCCAUUAUUAAAUGAACAAAUUGCAAAAUAUUCAGCAACACAGAUGUCCAGAAUACUGUUUAAUUGUCCGAGACGUUUUCAACAAGAAACUCCGCAGAAAAUUUAAAAUUGUAAUUUAGUAAACUAAAAAGGCCGUAUUGGCAUGUGUCGCAAUGUUAAUAUUUCAUCAUUGAUAUAUAAACUAUCAGACUGCGUGGUCGGUAGUAGUGGGUUUCAGUAGGCCUUUAACCCUGCCCUUACCUCACCGGUCUCUGUAGUAGGAUCACAUCACCUCAUAUUCCACAGUUUAAAAACCUCUGAUUUUAGUGAAUAAAUACUGAUGAGUUCCCACAAUC